GGAUUUUCAUUUUUAUCCUGAUGAGGAACCGAAAAACACAAUAUUAACCACGAUAACGAACAAUGCAUUAACUACAAUUCUAGCAAGUCAUCUUGGGAGUUGAUGUGAGCAAAUCUUAAAUCUAACUUAUUUACCUGAGGAUCCACAAUCAUGGAAAACAUAACUGAAUUCCAAAUCAAAUUCCAGCGCUAUCUCUUCACACCCGUCUACAGCCUGGUCUUCUGUUUUGGUCUGAUUGGAAACCUCGGAGCUUUGUAUUACUUCAUCUUUAAAAUCAAACAGAAAUCUCCCUCAAACAUCUACAUCAUUAACCUUGCGGUGGCCGACACGCUUUUCUUGUUUGCCUUGCCAUUUCGCAUCCACUACCACCUCAAUGACAGCAACUGGAUAUUUGGUGACCCCAUGUGUCGCAUCACUGGGACGAUCUUCUUCGCCAACAUCUACAUCAGCAUCAGCUUCAUGACCUGGAUCUGUGUGGACCGCUACAUCGCCACCAUCCACCCUCACACCUACCUGAAGCUUCGCAAUACGAAUCUCACGACGGUGGUGAGCGUGGCCGUGUGGUCGGUCUCGGGGUCAGCCAUGUUGGCCUUUAUGCUAACAUGCCCGUUAUCAUCUAAAGAGAAAAUGUGCUUUGAGGGUUUCAAUCAAGAAGAGUGGAGCGACUUGGCACCUUACAGCAUCUCCAGUCUCAUUUUUGGAUCCCUUCUGCCCUCUGUGGUCAUCCUGGUUUGUUACCCCAUCGUGGCCUUGCGCAUUGCUGGAAUCAACAACUCCACCGCCCGCGGGGCACGGCGGAUCAUCUACGCCAUCCUGGCCAUCACACUUGUGUGUUUCCUGCCUUAUCAUUUUGUGCAUCUAGUGUACCUCCUGUCACGCGUGAAAGGCAACAAAGAGAAAUACGGGAUUUACAUCCUCCGCAGGCUGACCAUGGCUCUGGUCAGUCUAAACAGCCUCCUGGAUCCGCUGCUGUACUACUUUGCCACAGGUCACUACAAGUGGAGGCUCAAAAGACUGAGGCUGAAGAAGAAGAAAGGUGUUUAUUCCAUUUCCAAUGGCUUUUGAGGUUUAUUUCAGCUGAACCAUUUCAGUUAAAAAGCAUAGAAGAGAGGCAAGACAGCACUUAAAAAUCAUCUGUAAUGCCAAAAAACUGCAAUAUGGAAAUAUGGAGUCCAAUGUGGUUUGAUGCAACUUUGAAGCAGAUUAUUUUCCAUAUUACUACAAUGCAAAAAACAAACAAGAAUGACUGUAAUUUUUAUUCCAGACUGAUGUGUUGGCCAAUAUUUGGCUUUUUUGAAAUGAUCUUGAUUUUGAAUUUUACUCUACUCACUGGUUCAUGCCAAUUUUUGUUUUGUUCAUAAGUUGUUGUUUUUUUAAUUUUGUGUCCCAUUUCAUAACAUUGAAUUAUUACAUGUACUAAUAGAUGUACGUAUCAUCACUGAAUAAUGGCCAUUUUAACUGUUAUC